AUGACACCCAGAUAUCGUACUUAUUUUCACACCGAGAUUCGAGGACUCUCCCAAGCUCGGCAUUUUGAGCUGAUACCACUCAUCCUCCGCCCUAUCCCUGCGCCUCCGGGCCCUACCCGCUCAGCGAGAGCUUGCUGGCGAGCCCACCCUUACAGCAACCGCCCCAUACCGACAACCGAGUCAUCAGCGACGGAUACGGAGCCCGAGGAUGACGCGUCGAGUGGUCGUACGUUUGCGGUCAACGUGAACAACCCCACAUCUUCUGGCACUACUAGUAAUGACGCGGACGCUCAGCAACCAGGCGGGGUUGUACACGUGAGCGAUCAUCGUGAAGCGGAUCAUCCCCUGCCUGGACGGCAUCGCAGAGGGCAAGGUCAAUCACCGACUACCGCCCUCGAGCCACUUGUACCGAGGCGCGAGGGUGAGAAUGCGCGAUCUGAGCUGGGGAAGUUGGACUGGGAUGAAGCCCGGUACUCAGCAGUUAAGGACUGGGUCAAGCACAAUGUGGAACGUGUCUUGGACGUGAAGAGACCUUAUGAUAAGCAGAAUUCGCAGCAAGUUGAAGAUAUCUGCGCGAGAGUGAGCCUGUCGUCAGUUCCCAUUUCUGGCUUCCUAUCCCGAUUCCCUGCCCGUCAUUACCCGAACAAGGAGCGCAGCUGCACGACCCUCUCCGUAGUCACAGCCAGAACGCGACGACAUGAGCUUUACGUUCCGACGGUGUUUGUAGGUACAUACUCCAUUCGGCGCCGCUGGUCUCACACGCGUUUUGUCGACGAUGACCCCGUCCGCAUUGCGCACACCGAUUUCGUGUACACUGGGGCACUCUGA